AUGACUAACGAGUUUUUUAAGGCUACAUGGAGGAUAAUUAGAGAAGAUAUUAUGAGAGUAGUGAAAGAAUUUCAGAAUGUGGGUAGAAUAGAUUGGAGAAUGAACUGCACCUUCAUAUGUUUAAUUCCGAAGAAAGUUGGGGCAUCAUCUUUCAAAGACUUCGGACCCAUUAGCUUGAUUGGUGGGGUGUACAAGAUCAUUACAAAAAUCUUGGCCAGCCGACUAAAGGUUGUAAUUCCGAAACUGAUAUCUAAUUGUCAAGGAGCUUUUGUUAAAGACAAACAGAUUCUAGACAGUGUUCUAAUUGCAAAUGAACUCAUUGAUUCAAGAUUGAAACAGAGGAGGGCUGGGUUUAUUUCUGAGAUCUUGGCAAAGAUGCUGGAAAAAGCGAAAGACGAGGGACUAAUCUCAGGUUUUCAAGUUAGUUCCAAUGGUGAGAGUAUUACUCACUUACAAUUUGCAGACGACACGUUAUUAUUUGUGGAUGCGAGUUUGGAAGAGGUUCAACAAUUGAAAAUCAUACUUCUAUGCUUCGAAGCAAUCACAGGGAUGAAGGCUUGCCCCGGUGUUAAAGCUCGUCAAACUAAAAUUUGGGAUCCGAUUUUGGAGAAACUUGAAAAGAGAUUAGCACCGUGGAAGAAGAAAUACAUCUCAAGAGGAGGAAGACUGGUGCUCAUCAAAAGUACUUUGGCAAGUAUUCCAAUUUAUUUUUUGUCCUUGUUCUCCAUUCCUGUCUCAGUUGCUAACAAAACUGCAAAGACGUAUAGAAAUUUUUUGUGGGGUGACACAACCGAAAAGAAAGUUAUAAGCUUGUCGAACAAAACAAAAUGGGGGAUUAGGGAUCAGGAAAGUGAAGAAGACUAA